AGUCAUAAUAGAAGAAAAUAAGUUGACAAAGAUUAUUUAAGAAUGAAGUAGAAAUAUUUGGAAAUAUAUUAGAAAACUUGUCAUCUCAAAGCCGAGAACCAGUUUUUUCCUGAAAUAUACUGGGUACGUGAAGUGUAUAAGUUGCAUUCUUUCAUUUUUCACAAAGUUAGGACACCCCCGUCCUCCAAAGUGGAACGCUAUAACAUGCUAACCGAACACGUCUGCGAACGUGCCCAGGGAAUAAUCCGCAAGGCAGCUGGACGCUUCCCAUUGGCUGGAGAUGUUUCCCCUUUCAUCCAAUAUGGUUGUGGGCGUAUCUAUUUUCAUCCAGCUGCUACCGGGGGGGGCUCUUAAAUCUCCGACCCUAUAUGUCAGGUCCUGGUUACCCGUGGAAUCUCACGUGAGAAGAAUCGCACCAAUUUGGUGUGACAUAAAGUGUGGAUGUGGAUUCUCCGCCUCUCCCAAUCCGGCUUCUCCUCGUCCUUCCCAGAACGUGUUUGCUCUUUGCUCAGCAGCCCGCCUGAGCUCUGCCCCACAUUCGCUGCUGCGUCAGAGCCGACCGGGACAGACAUGGAAGCGAUUGUGUGUGUGCGUAAGUGCGUACGUUUGCGUGUCUUUGCGUGCGUGUGUGCGUGCACGCUUUAGGAGGUGGGUGGGGUGGGGGGGGGGGGAGGCUCUCCCGAAAAAACAUGGACUUCAAAUCCGAGCUGCUCAAGUCCAUCUGGUACGCUUUCACCUCGCUGGACGUGGAGAAGUGUGGAAAAGUGUCCAAAUCCCAGUUGAAGGUGCUGUCCCACAACCUGUACACGGUGCUGAACAUCCCCCAUGACCCGGUGGCCCUGGAGGAGCACUUCCAGGACGACGAUGACGGGCCCGUGUCCAAUCACGGCUACAUGCCCUACCUCAAUAAAUACAUCCUGGAUAAGGUGAAAGAGGGGAUGUUCGACAAGGAGAAGUUCGACGACCUGUGCUGGAUGAUGACCAGGAAGAAGAACUACAAGGGGCCACCAGAGGGGGCGCUGCUCUCGGAGAGGAACCGCUUCAAGCUCUUUUGCUUGUUCAACCUCCUCUCCGAGGACCGCUACCCUCUGGUGAUGAUCCCGGACGAGGUGGAGUACCUGCUGAAGAAAAUAAGCACGGCCAUGAGCCAGGAGUGGGACGGGAAGCCGCUGGACGACCUGACGUCCCAGAACGCCGCCGUGCACGAGGAGGGCGUGUCCGUGUGGAGCUUCCUGGAGCACAUGGACGCCGGACGCUUGCUGCGGGUCACCAGUGCCGAGGCCUUCAGUCUGGCCUUGGAUGAGGUCUUCCUGGAGAUGUACCACAACGUCUUGAAGAGGGGAUACAUGUGGAAGAAAGGCCACGUGCGGCGGAAUUGGACCGAGCGCUGGUUCGUGCUGAAGCCGUCCUCCAUGGCGUACUACGUGGGCGAGGACCUGAAGGACAAGAAGGGCGAGAUCCACCUGGACAAGACCUGCGUCAUAGAGGCCAUUCCGGACCGAGAGGGAAAACGUUGUUUGUUCUGCGUCAAAACCCACAACAAAACCUACGAGAUGAGCGCUUCGGACCAGAGACAGAAGGUGGAGUGGACUCAAGCCGUCCAGACCGCCCUGCGCCUCCAGAGCGAGGGCAAGUCGUCGCUCCACCGGGAGCUGAAGGCCAAGAGGCGGGUCCAGCGGGAGCACAGCCAACGGGAGCGCAGCUGCAGCGCCCGCAGCAGUUGCAGCAGCCAAUCGGAGGACUCCAACACGCUGGACAUGGAGAGAACGGAGCGGGAGAAGGACCGUCAGGAUCUGGAGAUCGAGAGCAUCAUACAGCACGCACGAGAACUGGAGGCCCGGCGAAGAGAAGCGGAGGAGAAGGAGCGCAGGAAGCAGAGGGAGGUGCAGAUGGAGCUGGAGAGACAACUCCAAGAGGCCCACAUGAUGCGAGAGAGCAUGAGGGCGGAGAUGCAGGAGCGAGCCAAGGAGGCCGAGCAGCAGCGCCAAAGAAUCCAAGAGCUGGAAGUGACCCAGAGGAAACUGGAGGCCGCCCUCAACAUGGAGAUCCAGGCGCGACUUGAGGAGGAGAGGGCCCGGCAGGAGCUGGAGAGGCUGCUCCAAGCUGAGGAGGAGAAGACGCAGCAGUUCCAGCUCCUCCAAGAACAGCAGAGAGUCUUGCACGGCCUCGGCCCCGUGGAGGACGACCUCCCCGAGGACCACAUGGACCACGACGCCCCCUCCGCUCUUCACUCGGCCUCCCGGGAGCUCCAGGAUCUGCGGGCGUCCCGUCAGAGGAGCCACCAGCACUUGGAGGAAGUCCAGGAGAAGCUGAGGAACGCCAGCCAACACGUGCGACACUGGAACGUCCAACUGAACCGCCUGAUGAAGCCCAUCAGCCCUGGAGAACGUUUGGAACAUCGCCUCUCCUCAAAGCACACCUGCCCCAAAAAGGAAGGCGCGCUGGCCAGCAACGAGUUCAUCUCCAAGUUCAAGAUCAGAGCAGAUCCGAAUCAACAGACACCCGAGUACAACGAGACGCUGGAGGAGCAGAUGGAGGCGGCCAACCUAUCGGAUGAUUCGGACGACGUUCCGGAAGAAUCCAACGGAUCAAUAUGAUUUUAAAUCUGCCACACAUUGGCAUUGUUUGCUUUUUUUUUUGCGACACUGUGACGUCAUUGCCAUGCAACACAUUUGAAAAAUCACAUUUAUUGCAUUUGUUUUGUAUAAUAAAAUGGAUGGUAAAUAGGUAAAUAAUGACUGAAAUGCUGUAGAAAUUUAACAUUGAAACGUAGAAUGGUAAUAACUAGCAUCAUAGUAAGUGUUUAUGCAUGUAUUUAAAUAGCGAACCUUUGUGUUAAAACACUUCCGGAGUUUCUCCUUCACUCACAUUAUUGGCUCUCAACAAGCAUCACUGCCCCCUGUUGCAUGCACCCUGAAUUACACCCAGAAAAUACGAAUUUGUGCAAAAUC